AUGGCAGGCCGCGGUCAAGUGUACCUAGUCACCGGCGGUAGAGGGUUUCUUGGGAGUCGUAUCGUCCAGAUGCUGGUGGAGAAAGAGCCUAACGUGUCUGAAAUACGAGUCUACGACUCAUGAUUGGUCUAUCAUUCUCCAAUCACAGAUAAAGAAAGAAGCCCCGUGACUGCCCCUCCCAUCGUGCACGUUGUGGGAGACAUCAGGGAUGAGCAGGCGCUGACGGAGGCGUGCCGAGGGGUUGACGUCAUCAUCCACACCGCCGCCCUCAUCGACUGCACAGGGGGUAUCCCUGACCAGGUCAUGUGGGACGUCAACGUCACAGGAACUGAAACAUUGUUGCGGUGUUGUGAAAAAGUAGGCGUGCCUUUCCUGGUCUUCACCAGCAGCGUUGAAGUGUUUGGACCCAACAGUAGCGGCGACCCGAUCAUAGAUGGACACGAAAACACCCCGUACAGCCACACAGGUCAUCGUUUCAUCUAUAGCCGUACUAAGGCCGAAGCAGAAACCCUGGUCCUUUCCCACAACGGCCUGGUUUUGUCGACUGGCGUCACCCUACGGACCUGCGUCCUCAGACCCAUGUACAUCUACGGGGAAGGCGGGCCCAUAGGAGUGUUCGCAGACUGGCGGUACGCCGACAACCACGGCGGCAAACUGCCUCGCAUCUCCGCCAAGGGACCCAAGGUCCGGCCGGUGUACGUGGGCAACGCCGCGUGGGCUCACGUCCUGGCCGCGAGAGAGAUCCGACAACAGCCCGACGUGGUCGGGGGACAGACGUACUUCGUGAGCGACGACACGCGCGUCACCGACUACUCUUCCUUCCACGCCGAGCUGCUCUCUCCUAUGGGGUAUACCAUUGAUGACAAUACCCUUAUCCCCCUACGCGUGUGGUACGGACUGGCUUUCCUACUAGAAAUGCUCCAGUGGCUUUUGAGACCAGUCUUAGCCUUUCGCCCGCCUAUUACUCGGGGCAUACUGCAGCUGUAUAACACUGCGUUUUACUUCCGAUACGAGAGGGCUCGAAAGCACCUUGGGUAUCGGCCAGUGUUUGGUUGGGAAGAAGCGAAGGAAAGAACAACUAGGUUCCUAAUGAACUACAAGAAAGAGUGGUAAUGUAGUACCUUGCAAUAGUGAUGACAUGGACC